CUUCUCAUUUCCGUUUCUUGCCCGCCGGCAGGGCGUCUUCCGUUUCCAGCCCACACCGUCACUUCCUUUCUGCCUGUGUUACCCCAGCGUGGACACGCGUUCAUCUUCCUAGCUCAAGAUGCGUUACGUUGCUGCUUACCUGCUUGCUGCCCUGGGUGGGAAUGAGAGCCCUCAGUCCAAGGACAUCAAAAAGAUCCUGGAGAGCGUUGGCAUUGAGGCUGAUGAUGAACGCUUAGAGAAGGUUAUCUCCGAACUUAAUGGAAAGAAUGUUAACGAGGUGAUCGCCCAGGGUUACAGCAAGCUGGCCAGCAUGCCAGCAGGCGGUGCUGUAGCAGUUGCCAGCUCUGCGGCUGCUGGCUCAGGCGGAGCCGCAGCCCCUGCUGCAGCAGAGGAGAAGAAGGAAGAGAAGAAAGAAGAGUCCGAGGAGUCUGAUGACGACAUGGGAUUCGGCCUGUUUGACUAAACUUGUUCAAAAGAUGAAUAAAGUUUAUACAAAAACU